AUGGACGAAUUUGGAAGUGCCGACAACUUGACGCCGGAUCAAAUCAUUGCAGAGCUCGACAAGAAACUCAAAGAAUGGAAUACUGUGCCUGUGAAUAUUGCGGUCGUAGGAAACACCGGAGUGGGAAAAUCCACAUUUGUCAACGCUUUCUUGGGCCUUAAACGUAAAGAUCCGAGGGCUGCUAAAGUCGGCGUUGUUGAAUGUACGAAAGAAAUAUCUAAAUACCCUCAUCCAAAUAACGAUAAACUUAUUUUCUGGGACGUUCCUGGUAUUGGCAGUCAAGCUUUUCCAGCGGAAACAUACCGUGAAAAAGUCAAUAUGAUAGAAUACGACUUUUUCGUCGUAAUGUCAUCUCAACGUUUUACCGAGAAUGAUGUUAAGCUGUCAAACAUGAUUAAGGAGAUGGGGAAGAACUUUUUCUUUGUCAGGUCCCAAGUUGAUGUCGAUAUUUAUAAACAGGCAAAGGAGAAUGAUCAAUCUCCUGAAGAUGUUGAAGAAUCAGUGAUGCGCACACUAAGAGAAGACAUCGAAUCAAGGCUCAAAAAACUCGGAAUGAACGAUCAAAAGCAUUUCCUGGUUGAUAAUUACAGUGUGGAUAAGUAUGACUUCGGUGAUUUGUUCGAUGCAACACAAUCUAGACUUGACGAAAUGCAAAAAACUGCGGUGGCGUUUUCUUGUACACACUUAACAUCUAAGUCUCUGAUUGAAAAAAGGGUUAAAAUUCUAAAAGAGAGAAUACCACUUAUUGCGACAAAAUGUGGUCUGGUUUUGUUAGAUUCAUCCCGCAAUGAGGUGGUAUAUGAUGAAGUAUGUAUGUACAGGACGCAGCUGGGGCUUGACAUCAAGCAAAAAUAUAUGCUUGCAUCGGGAAAAGAAAACACAUUGGUUAAAAGAAUCGUCAGACAAAUCGGCGGCACAGUUCAAGCACAGAGUAUUGCCUUUAUAUACAAGCUGUGUGCUCGAUUCAAAUCAAAUGUAAAAUAUGAACAAGCAAAAUGUCGACUUGAAAAAGAAUUGAAAAGCGCACAUGACGAAGCUACGGAAAACACGAGAAAGUUAUACACCUUGGUCGCGGGAAAGACAAAGUCGUAA